CCUCGUAACAGUCGCUUACGUAGAUUCCAUGCGCCGGAAAAGCGUUUUGGUUUUCGCUGAUGUGUAACUUUUACACUACUUCAUUACAUGGUUAUCAUUCAGGUCGUAAAAUAGUGAUUUUAAAACAGUAUCAGUGAGAAGUAAAUGCACAGAAGCAACGAAUUCUGCGACAAAAAUAACCGCAACCCUGGAAGGAGGGAGUGAAUGUAAUGGCGCCUAAAGGAAAGGUUGGAACCAAAGGCAAGAAGCAAAUCCAUGAGGAGAACAAGGCGACACUGAAAUUCUACACCAGAGUCAUAAUAGGAGCCAAUACCGUGUACACAGCAGCAAAUUUAAUUUUCUAUGACACCUCCUUUUCGACGUGGAUCCCAUUGUUGUUUGCACUGGUGGUGUAUGUUGGCAGCUACAGGUCCAUGGCAACGAUGGCAAAACCAGCAUUUGGUGAGAACGGCACGUUACUGGAUGGAGGAAUAGAUCUAAACAUGGAGCAGGGCAUGGCAGAGCACCUUAAAGACGUCAUCCUGCUGACGGCUAUCGUCCAAGUCCUCAGCACCCUCUCCUUCUAUUUCUGGUACCUCUGGCUUCUGGCACCCGCCCGAGCUGCACAGCUCCUGUGGACGAAUUUCCUGGGUCCCUGGUUUUCGGCCGAUUCUUCUGCGCCUGCAGAGGAGGUCAACGAGAAGAAGCAAAAACGACAGGAAAGACGACAGAUGAAGCGAUUCUAGUUCACGCGCUACUUGUAUUUUUAUCCUCAUUCUAGAAAUAAAGCAACAUUCAUUUGUUAUGUGA